CGUCGGAUGGCACCUAAGUAUUUUUUAAAAUAGGUUGCGGUGGAGGGUGAAGGUGGUUUGGGACAAGCCCCCUCUCGGCGGUCUGCAUAUAAUUUGCCAUCUCCCAUGAGGCACGGUGCCUUGUAGUAAACUAUAUGAUAAUCUCUGCAGGAAAGACGUAAUCCAUCACGAUGCUAGACUUUGGACUACGUUCGCUUGUCUCUUUGCUUGCUUUAGGCGGCAGCUUACUUCCGGCUUCUUCCUGGGCCUCUCCAUUGAAGCUACAUAAUGAUGUCCGGGCCGAUAGCUGGCCAUACGGCCCGUUGGUGACUUCUGGCCGCGACAUGAAGAAUGCGCGCGGAGACAAUGUCGUCUAUGCCGGCACCAAUUGGCCAGGUCACGGAGAAGUGAUGAUCCCUGAUGGAUUGAGAUACCAAUCCAUUGAGAGUAUUGUCACUAAAAUCAAGAGCGUCGGCAUGAAUGCGAUCCGCCUGACGUACGCCAUUCAAAUGAUAGACGAGAUCUAUGCCAACAAUGGCAAGGAUACCACUGUAAAGGACUCAUUCACCAAGGCGUUAGGCCAAACGAACGGACCCAAGUUCUACAGCGAUUUCCUUGCGAAGAACCCGUCUUUCAACGACAGCACCACCCGUCUGGAGGUCUUCGAUGCUGUCGCGGCGGAAUGCCUUAAGCAAAAGGUCUUCGUUCACCUGGAUAAUCAUAUGUCGAAGGCCGCUUGGUGUUGCUCGACUAACGAUGGUAACUCUUGGUUUGGGGACAGAGAUUACAACGUUGAUAACUGGGCGAGGGGCCUUUCCUAUAUGGCGAACCACGGGAAAAACUGGCCGGCUCUCACGUCGAUGUCUUUGCGAAAUGAGCUGCGGAAACCGGACGGCUCGGCCAGCAGCUCAUACAACUGGCAAAAUUGGUACACCAAUAUCAAGAAGGGUACGAGCGCGAUUAACUCGGCCAAUCCCGACCUGCUCAUCUUCCUUUCGGGACUUGACUUCGACACGUACAUCACGCCGAUAGUACAGAAUACGGCCUUGACCCCAGGAAGUGGGAAGUUUAGCACUGCUGAUUUCGAGGGUUAUACGAACAAGCUCGUGCUGGAGAUCCAUAAUUACCAGAACAGCGCGAAUAACUGUAAUAGCCUUAAGAGCUCGUUGUACAACAGCGGGUUCCAGGCAUUGCACGCUGAUGACUCGAAGACGGUUAAUGUGUUCCCAGUGCUGCUGACCGAGUUCGGAUUUGACAUGUCGGGUAACGCAUGGCAGGGAACAUACGCCACUUGUAUCGCGAGCUACCUCGCUGAACAGAAGGCUGGCUGGUUCAUAUGGGUUGUCUCGGGUAGUUAUUACAUCCGGUCGGGUAGACAAGAUUAUGAGGAGACAUGGGGCUUGUUGAAGCACGAUUGGUCGGAUUGGAGGUCUUCGGCGUAUAUUGAGGGGGGGUUGAAACCUCUUGCCAAAGCCACCGCACAAGGAUGAGAUGUUUGUAUAUCCGUAGUUUUAUCCUGGGUUUUUGGAUUCUUCGGUACUCUUCCACAUACUAGGAAAUGUCGUGAUAAUAUGAGACCCUUAUUUCAAUAUAACUUUGGUGCCUAGUCUAGAAUCAAGGCAGUGGGGAUGAUCUACGUGAUCGGAGAUCGGAAGGUUAUGGUGUUGAGAAAGAAUAGAAACCGAGAAUAGUCUUAGUAUUCCCAGCCUCUCAUUACAGAAUUACAUGCAAGUACCUAGGUACCUAGGAAAUUAGUACAUGCACUUACAGAUCUACAUAAAGAUCCG